UUCAAUAAAUUGGAUAUGUAUACAUGAAAUGAUUGACGGGAGUAUAAAUUUAGAAUGCUGAAUUACACAAUACGCUGUUGAUCAACAUGUAAGACAGGAAGGAUGGCCUAACUGAAUGGAGAAGAAAGUAACGAGGGUCAGUCCAGCUGACCCCUCCGACACCAUAUCAUACGAGAUGGGGACCCCUAAACGCAACAAGAGUUUGGUCAGUCUCCAUUUCAAUGAAGAGGCAGUUGAUGCCCAAAAUGUUGGGGCUGCCCCUGAGGUGAAUAUGACCUUUGAACAAAGAUGGAUUCGUGACAACAUCAAAAUGAGGGUCUGUAAAAAGUUUGUAGAGAAACCAGUGGAGGUCAACAGUGCUGGGACAGAGAAUGAGGCUAUAUGUAAAUGUGGCUACCUCAGGUCUGCCCACAUGUCCUUACUGUCCUCCCCAGGGUCCUCGGGACUCGAGGAAUGGAGGGUAGAGACCAACACCAGGGCAGUCAGAACCAAUGCCUUUGGCACUGUUGAGUUCCUUGGUUUUGGAGAAAAUGAGAGAAAUUAUGUACGUGUGGACGUUAACACCAAGAUGGAAGACAUGAUGGAGCUAAUGAUGGACGUGUGGGGUCUGGAGAAACCCAACCUUCUAAUCUCAGUCACGGGUGGUGCCAAAAACUUUACCAUGAAACAGAAAAUCAAAGAGGAGUUCCGCCGUGGUCUCAUGAAGGUGGCACGCAGUACAGGUGCCUGGAUCAUUACGGGAGGGACAAAUGCAGGGGUGAUGAAGCAUGUUGGGGAAGCAGUCAGAGACUAUGGGCUUGUGUCUGCCUCUACUAAUCCCAUCAUUGUCAUAGGAGUGGCAACUUGGGGCUGCAUACAAAACAAGGAGGACCUCAUUGAUCCUGAGUGUCGAGGAAAGUGGCCCGCUUCAUACAGACUUGGCAAGAAACAGAGACCAAAGGAAAGUUUCCUGGACCCAAAUCACACUCACUUUGUGUUGGUUGACAAUGGAACUCAGCAUCAGUUCGGAGUGGAGAUUCCAUUCAGAGCCCGAAUGGAGAACUCCAUAGCAAACAUGAAAACCAACACUGGCAAAAAUGCCUCUGUAUAUGUCCCUGUGGUACUGCUAGUGUUAGAAGGUGGUCCAGGUACAUUGGAAACGGCCCACCAAGCUGUAGCCAAUAACACACCUAUUGUCAUAGUUCAGGGUUCUGGAAGAGCAGCAGACAUUUUAGCUUUUGCUUACCAGAAUUCCUCAGGAGAGGAAAUAGAAGCUACAGAUCAAGAGGGCAAAACAAAGAAGAUAACACAGACAAUAUUUGAUGCCUCGGUAGAAGCAGAAAUAAGAAAUCAGGUGGAAGAGAAUUUUGGAAAGAAGAAUCUUGUCAGUUACUGUGAGAUGGUGAAGGAGACCCUGAAAAAUCGAGACCUGAUCACGGUGUUUGAGUUUAGUAUUGGAGGUCGAGGGUCAUCUAAAGACAUUGAUAAGGCCAUUCUCCAGGCACUACUCAGGGCAAAUAAGGAUCAGAUCUUUGACCAGUUAAAGUUAGCUUUAGCCUGGAACAGAAUAGAUAUUGCCAAAAGUGAAAUCUUUACGGAUGACCGUUUCAUUCAGACUAACAUGCUGUUUGAGAUCAUGCAAUCUGCCUUAAUUCUGAACCGGGUAGGCUUUGUAGAACUGUUGAUGGACAAUGGGGUCAACCUAAAAGACUUCCUAACCAAGAAAAGGCUUCUUAAGCUCUAUAAUCAGAGAGACCUGUCUUUUUCUUCACACCACACUGUACAAGAGAUAAACAAGAAUACUCAACUGUAUCAGAUGCUGGAUAAAAUUCGCCGAAAAAAUGGAAAUGCGAAGUACAUCUCCCUGGUGGAUGUGGGUUGCUUGAUUCAGGACCUCAUUGGGGACUUUUACACCCCAUGGUACCUACUGGACCCCAAAGUAAGGGACCUUGAUGUAGAAUACCUCCUUGAUGGGGUGUCAGCAAAGAGUAUGGGUAUGCCAGGGAUCAAGAAGGGGAUUUUAUCCAUGGCAACAGGGAAAAAACAAGAAUCCAUGGAUAAUGACCUUUUGACCUCAGAUGAGUACCAGGUACCAGAUUUUGAUAAUCCAUUCCAGGAACUGUUCCUCUGGGCAGUGUUACUCAACAGACAGGAAAUGGCCAAAAUUUUAUGGAAAGGAGGAAAAGAUGCCACAGCUGCAGCACUUGUGGCGAGUGGAAUGUUAAGUUCACUAGCCAGAGAGACAGAUGACACAGAGUUAGCCAAAAAACUCAAAGCCAAUUCACAGGAAUUCUCAAAUCUUGCCAUAGCAGUGUUAAAUGAAUGUUAUGAUGUGGAAGAGAAAAAGGCUCAGAAUCUAUUGAUUCGUGAGCUUGAACAUUGGGGGGCAGCCACAUGUGUAUUAUUAGCUGUGGAAUCAAACAACAAAAAGUUCAUUUCUCAAACAGCCUGCCAGACACUGCUAAACAAUGUGUGGAUGGGGCACCUGUCCCUAGACAACCAAAUGCUACAGUUGUUGUUGUGUGUGUUUGUACCCCCACUCAUAUUUCCUGUCAUCAAAUUCAAAGAGGAGAUAGACACUGACGCAAUGUCAGAGAAAAACUUCGAGCAGAGAGUAACACUUAAAGCUAAGAAGAGAAAACUUGAAAGGCAGAAGACAUUGAACUCGAUUCCUGUGAGAGAGGAAAAAGAAGAAAGUCAUGUGGAUUAUGAAUCAAAACCAUUUGCUCUCAGCUUUUGGAAGAAGCUUUACUAUUUUUACACAGCACCUGUUGUUAUCUUUGCUCACAAUGUGCUAUCCUAUGUGAUUUUCUUGGGGUUGUACAGCUACAUUCUUCUGGUGAAGUUUUCAGUAGAAGUCAGCAUAGAAGAGAUUAUCCUUAUUAUCUGGGUGUUCAGUAUAUUCGCUGAGGAGGUUAGACAGUUGUUGUCGCAGUAUUCAAUUUAUGAGAGAAUAACUAUAUACCGCACGUCCACCAAUCAAAAUACCCCACAUGUUAUCAACCCCAGUGCUUCCAAUCACACUCAAAGUUUACGAGGCAAAAAUCACUCAUUUCACCCCACCACAAAGAUGGUGUCCUCCUCAACCAAGACCUUCAAUACCAAACUCCACAGCUACAUAACAGAUCCCUGGAAUAUAGUGGAUGUAGUGACCAUCAUUAUGUUUAUUGUGGGGAUAAUCCUGCGCUUCCUCCCUUACUCCUCCACUCUGGAGGCAGCCCGCUGUGUCAUGGCCCUCAACCUGGUCAUCUUCUUCUUUAGGAUCCUACAUAUAUUUUCUGUUCAUAAACAGCUGGGACCCAAACUAGUCAUGAUUGGCAGAAUGUUGAUGGACCUACUGUAUUUUAUCAUCAUCCUGAUGGUGUUUGUCGUCUCCUAUUCAAUAGCAGCUCACUCUGUCAUGUUUCCAAACACAGAACUCACCUUUGUCCUUGUGUACAAUGUCAUGAGGAUGGGAUAUUGGAACCUAUAUGGAGAGCUCUUUUUGGAGGAAAUAGAAAGGGAGGAGCCUGAGUGUACGUUUGACUCGCUAUUAUACAGUAAUGACACAUUGCCUCGAUGUCCUACUCCUGUGAGUCGUUAUGCAGUGCCGAUUCUGAUGGGGUUUUAUGUUUUAUUCUGUAACAUUCUACUCCUUAACCUUCUGAUUGCUAUGUUCAGCAACACGUAUCAGAUUAUACAGGAGAAUACUGACCAGUACUGGUGUUUCCAGCGUUACCGCCUGAUUUACGAGUAUUACACCCGCCCUACCCUAGCCCCACCCCUUAUUCUGAUCAGCCAUUUGGGUUUGUUCAUUCGCUGGAUUUUUGGGAAAUGUUCACUGUGUUUGUCCAGUCAGCCCAGUGACCUGAUAACUCGAUUUCCUGCAGACAAGGCAAGGGAACUAGUCCAAUGGGAAAAUAUGAUUGCAGAUGCUUACAUGAAUCGCUUAGAACAUGAAGAGAAGAAAAACAUUCAAAACAGAAUUAUAAAUACCCAAGAAUCGAUACAUGAGCUAUUCUUUAAGCUGGAUGAGUUACAGGAUAUCCAGACCACAUCCGGAGCCCCAGGGGUACCCCCCGUUAUCAAGGCCCCUAUUAAUCCUGUGGUUAGAAUGCCCCCACAAAUGGACAAGAGACUGCUAGCUCUUGAGGAGCAGAUGCAACAAAGUACUGUUGCACUCAACUGGAUUAUGAGAAACUUGCAAGAACAACAGAAGAGCUCUGCAAAGGUCCCACCCCUGAUGGAAGAUAAAAAAGAAAAUGGUCGCCAUGGUAAACAAUCAAAGCAGAAGAAAGAGAAAGACAAAGCCUUUGUGAAAUCUACAGUAGAAGAACGAAAACGUCUGAAUUACAAAUCAAGGAUUCCUAGGUACCCCCAGAGUAUGGUCAACAGGUUUCCUGUCCCCGAUGACAAGGUUGCCUGGGAGAUUCCAUUUCUGGAAUAUGAUCCAGUGGUGUAUGAAGCACCUGAAGUCAAGAGUCAUCCAUACUGGGCUGACACUAUAGACCUUAUUUACAUGAAACCUUCAGACAGAAUUGGAAAGAUCAAGUUCAAUGAAUAUGACAACAACAACAGGUGUGAUAGGAAAAGUUACUGGGGUACUUAUGAGGUACGUGAUGGACUUCCACUGAACCCUGCCGGUCGGACAGGGAUCAUAGGACGAGGUCUUUUGGGACGAUAUGGACCUAAUCAUUGUGGAGAUCCCAUAGUGACCAGGUGGAAGAGAAAUGAUAAAGGGGAAGUUGUGAUGAAGGAAGGGAAAAAAGUUCUGGAGUUUGUGGCAAUUUUUAGAAAAGACAAUGAACUUUGGUCUAUUCCUGGGGGUAUGUGUGAACCAGGACAGAAGGUGUCUCAGUGCCUGAAGGCAGAGUUUACAGAGGAAGCACUGGGAACAUUGGUCAAUGACCAGACCAUGAAAGAUAAAAUCAACAAAGACCUUCAGUACAUGCUGGAUCAUGGAGAAGAGAUAUACAAAGGAAUUUGUGAUGAUCCCAGGAAUACUGAUAACGCUUGGUUGGAAACUCUUGUGUUUAGCUAUCAUGACAACACAGGCAAAAUUCUUCAUCCAUUCCUUUUACGAGCUGGAGAGACAGUGGAAGCUGCUACAUGGUUAGAGGUGUCGUCUAGUCUAAUCCUUCACUCCUCUCAUCUAUUUUAUGUAAAGCUUGUGGCUGACAAGUUAAAUGCUUACUACUGAGAGGAUGCAAAAGGAUAUGGUAUUUAUCCAGUGGGAAAAAUCAAAUACUACUUAUUGUCUAGUGAAAUUUGAGAACUUGCCUUAAUGCUCAUGAAAGAAAGCAUAAACAUUUCAAAAGAGUCUUAUCACUCAUUGUCACUUUUAGCACCUAAACAAGUCAUGCCUCAAUUAUCACAAUUAUUAACUAAAUUAUUGACUAUUUUACUGAUGGAAUGUAUGUAAUAAAAGCUUAAUGCUCUUAGCUCAUUGUUGGCUCAAAAGGAAAGUUUAGUUGCUGCAGUCCAUAUUGCAUUCAGAAAAUUAUAUCAAUAUUUGUGAUUAUGAACCUAUCUAAAGUGCCUGGAUAUAUCAUAAAUGCCAUAAUUAUCAUUGUAAUAUUUACAUAAAUCAUAGACUUUUGACUAAACUAGUCCAUAGUUGUAGAAAAUUCAAGGCAUUUACAGUAAAUUGUGUGUAUAAGGAAUUCAGAGGGUUGCAUUUUAUUGAAAAUGAGUCUUUCUUGAGAUUAUUAGUCAAAGAAAACCAUUUCAAAAUGACUGCAUAAAUUGACUUAAUAUUUUUUGCAUGAAUAUUGACAUGUACAGUAAUGUGAGUUAUUUGCACAUUUAACUAUGAGUAUGUACAUUAAAUCAAUAUUUCAUUAAGUGUACAUGUAUAUAGAAUUCUUCUUUGUUAAGAAACAUUUGUGAUCCAUGACAAGAGUUGAAGUUCACAGAAGUAUACCAGCUAGUAUUUCAACUCAAUUUCUUCAAACAAGGUCUAAAUCAAAGUUUGUUUGUUUCCAUUGCAAGGUCCAAAUCAAAGUUUUGUCUUGAUUCUCAGCAUAUUUUAUUGCUAAUUUUCAGAAUGAUAACCUAACAGGCUUUAAUUGAGAUUUUGUGCAUUGAGGUCCAAUUUCAACUCUUUUUCAAGCACAAUAUUUGUGCUCAGCAUUUUUAUUGUCAGACCUGCUGGGACUCUCAGCAUUUGUUUAAAUAAUUAGUAUUAUCCUUUGAAUUUCAUGAGUACAUGUAUGUCUAGUUGAACAAAUGACAUUUGUCAGGAUCUUUCUGUAAUGUUAAGAAGAGUACUGUAGUAUUAGCCCAAAGUGCAUUGAUUCAUUGGAUCUUAAUAUAUGCAGAUAUAUAUUUCACAUAUCAAUAGGGAGUUUCAUAAGCCUCUUUUGGCUUGUAUAUUUAUUUUUUUAUUAACCAUUUUUGUUCACAUUGAGAUGAAUAUUUUAACAGUGGGUAAGUUAAUUUUCUCUACUGAAGUUUUUUUUUUUUAAAUUAAGGAAUAAAAAUGUCUUUCUGUGAGCCACUAUUAAAAUUAUUUAAGAACUACAAUAUACAUGUAUAUUGUUUUUACAUUUUUAUUUUUUACACAUAGGCUGUGAUAUAAUUUAUUGUUUUAAGCUUUUUGAAAAGAUUUUUUGCUAACUGGUGAAGGUCUGUAUUGAUAGUGUGUUAUUUAUUGAGAGAAUUAAGGUGAAUAAACAUGUUAUUGCAAAGUAUUUUAUCAAGUUAUGAAACAGCUGUUUAAAAAAUAGAAUGGAUAGAAGAUGCUCAUUAAAGAACUUUAAUUGGUUGUUUUUAAUCAUUUUUUGUUGCUAUUAUCCGUCCAUGAUGGAGUACAUUGUCUGAACUAUUUUAAGAAUCUUUCUAACAUGUGGAAAUAAAAAAAAUU